UAUAAAAAGAUAUGCAACCUAUGCUAAGUCCAUUUAUAUUCCCCAAACUUUUCUUCCUCUCAUUCUUACCAAUAUUUCCAAUCAACCAAAAAUGUUCAAUUCAACUUGUGAGAAAAGUGUUCUUCAAAUCAAACAAGAUGACAAGUUUUUCAGCAGAUUACUCUCAAAGGAAAACUCCAUCUCUAACCCAUCCUUUAGAGUUUCUGUUGCUGUUCCAUUUGUUUGGGAAUCUCAACCCGGAACUCCAAAACACACAUUCUCUAAAGACACAAUUCCUCCUCUCACGCCUCCACCUUCUUACCAUUUCAACAAUGCAAACAAAAAGAAUGAGAAAAAAAUCUCGAAAUCGUCCAAACUCUUUUCGGCAUUUCUUCAAAAACUAAACUUCAAGAAAAGCAAUUCGCCGUCUCCCUCGUCAUCACCGUCUUCGUUGUCAACGGAUUCGGCCAAAAUCACGUCUGCGACGACAAGGGUUAGUAAGAGGAGAUUCUUAAGCAGUGGAUCGUCUUUUGAUUUCAGAGGUGUAAGUGAAGAUGAUGGUAAUGGUUCGCCGAUUUCUACAUUGUGCUUUGGAAUUCAUCGUUCGGCUAGCUCGAACAGUGGAUUCCAAAGUAUCUACAAGAGGCGCGUAAGGUAAUCAAAGAAUAUAUCCUAUCGUUCAUUGGAAAUUGAAAGCAUGAUCAUGUCCGACAUAAGUUAAAAUGCAACACCAAUGUGUCUGAUGGUGUCUGUAUGGUUUCGUGUCUGGUGUCUGUUUCAAACGUCUCAAACAUAGUUGAAUCUGAGUUUUUUCUUGGACAAAAGGUUUUUGCUAUAUGUAUUCUUAAUGUCUGAGUUUUUUCUUGGACAAAAGGUUUUUGCUAUAUGUUUUCUUAAUGUUUAUAAGGAAAUCACAAUAUUAAAAAAGUUUGAACCAUCACAAAAGAAAAAAAAAUGAAGUAGGUCUUUAAUUUUGUUGCUAUGUCUUAGAGACACAAAAUUCAAGAUCAAUUUUAUAUAUUUUUUAUGUAAUUCAAUUUUUUUUAGUAUUGUCAAUUUUCUUUGUUAGAUUUGGUAUUGUUUUUUUCCUCCUGAAAAACAAGCUUAUUUCUAAGGUCUAAGUGAGUGAAUCUUCAGCAUUUAAUGUAGUUUUAAAAUAUCCUAUAUAGUUCUUUGAUCAUUCUGUACACAAAAUAUGGUGUUGCUUUUUGUUAUUGCAGCUGUGAUUAUGUGAACUAGAUUGAGAGAGCUUUUAAUUGCACACAAGUUUGUUUUUGCUA